GUUUGUACGUCGUUUCUGGAACAAAUAUGAAUAAUAAAGCUUACUGUUGAGUUUGUGAGACAGGGUGAAUAUUUCUAGAGAUGGAGGACACGUCGCUGGUCGGAGGACACGCGGACUGGAUGUCCCUUCUCCCGGAAGAGCUGCUGGAUGUCCCGCUGUGGAACCUGGCCAUCCCCGGGAGCCAUGACAGCAUGGCCUUCUGCCUGGACAUUUCCUCCCCGAUCGUCAGAUCGGAGCCUUUCCUCCUCAGACUCGUCGACCGGCUCUUCCCCUGCUGGACCCGGCCCUGCAUUUACCGCUGGUCGGCCACACAGCAAUCCAUCCUCAGGGAUCAGUGUGAUCUGGGAAUUCGGUUCUUAGACCUGCGGAUCGCCAAGAAGCCCGCAGGGAGCAGCAAACUCUUCUUUGCCCACGGCAUCUACACACUAAUGACGGUCAAGGAGGCUCUGGGUGAACUCGACACGUGGCUGGACGCUCAUCCUAAAGAGGUCGUCAUCCUUUCCUGCUCUCACUUUCAAUCUCUGACUGAUGAAGACCACAGACAUCUGGUGGAGUUCAUGAUCUCUCUCUUCGGCAGGAAGCUCCUCUCCCCACAGUACGUUUCUACUCUGCAUUCCUGUUGGUCCAAAGGUCAGCAGGUGAUUGUCGCCUAUGACAACCAGCAGGUGGUGCAGCAGCAUCCUGAGUUGUGGUCUGGGAUCCCUUACUGGUACGCCGAUAGCCCAGAUCCAAAGACGGUGAUCGAUUAUCUAGAUGCAAAGAUACACCAGGGAAGACCAGAUGGUUUUUACGUCUGCGGUCUGAACCUGACAGAGAAUGCAUUUUACAUCUUCCUCCAUCCUCUCCAGAGCUUGAGGACGAUGACGAUGAAGGCGCUUUUGCCACUGCUCAAAUGGACCGCCGAGCAGCGACCUGGACCUGAAGGGGAGGGGGUCAACAUUGUGUGCUGCGACUUUGUGGGCAUCAGUCGGUUCUGUUCAGUCGUGAUCAACUUGAAUCAUAAGCUGGUGGGUGGGAGGAGGGGCACUAACGACCAUCUCUGCAGCUCUCACUAAGCAGCAGGACGUGAUUGUGCCAUACCACACAGUGAUGCUGCUGGACUAAGUGCUCUCAAUGGUGCCUCUAGGAGGUGCACAUGAUGUGGGCCAGGGUUCUGAGGAAGUAAGAGACCAGAACAUCAGGAACAGUUUCCUCAAAUGAUCAUGGGACCCAGUUCCUUGUUUUAUUUAAUAGAUUAUCUCAGGCUAUUUAAAAGAACACUGUGAACUAGUUUCAUUGGUUUUGAUUGACUAUUGUGAAGCAGUGCUAAUGUUGCUAUAGCAACCAGACUCUUGUCCAAUACCCCUACUAGCAGCACCCACUAGGCCAGCUCAGUGGCCUAGUGUUAUGAGUGUCCGCCCUGAGACUGGCAGAUUAUGGAUUCAAAUCCACAGUCGGGUCAUACCAAAGACUUUCCAAAAAUGAGACCCUCCUUUCUUGACACUCAGCAUUAAGGCAUUGGAUUGGGGGGUUAAACGUCCAUCAAAUGGUUCCCGAGCGCAGCCACUGCUGCAGCUUACCGCCUCCCCAGGGGAUGGGUCAAAUGUGGAUAGCAAAUUUCACACACCCGUGUGAAAUAGUGGGACUUAAAGUUUAAUCACAUUGAUAGCUUUAUAGUGCAGCGUAUUCACAAUGCUGCUGCUAGAGUCUUAACAAGAGCAAGAGAACCAAGCACGUCACUCUUGUUCUUAAAGUGCUACUACUAGAUUAUAAAUCACUCAAUGGCAUGGGAUCAAAUACAUGUUUGAUCUCCUUUCUGUAUGCACACCCAGCAGGGCUCUGAGAUCCUUAGGAAACAGUCAGCUGGUAGAACCGGGUCAGAACCAAACAGGUGAAGCUGCUUUUCUGCUCACAGAUGGAACCGGCUUCCUCAUGACCUCAAAUCUGCCCCAACUCUAGUAACUAUUAAAUCAAAAUUGAAAACUUCCAUGUAUUCAUCAGCCUUUGAAUGAAAGUCUCUUAUGCUGCACCUUUUGCACUGACUUACUUUACCUUUGCCUUUUUUUCUGGUUUAAUCUAUUUUUGUUCUUUAAUUGUGCUGUCGUGUUCAUUUGUACUGUUCUCACUAUUCUCGUUAAUGGAAAGCCCAUUGAAUUGCCUCUGUGUGUGAAACGUGCUAUACAAAUAAUGCUACCUUGCCUUUAGUAAUAAAUAGUAUUUAGCAAGCCUUUUGGCCAUGACAGGACUUUAGUUACACACUUUGCUUAUUAUGUCUCCGUUUCAUUGUUGAGCUCAAAUUUGUCAAUAACUUUUAAUUAUGUGCUGGUUGUUUCUAACAAAGUUGUACUUUUGAACUCUUUUGCUUUUUCUUAGUUUGAUAUUGAAUCAAACUAUUUUUAAACCAAUUUUUUAAGGGAAAUUUACACGGGACACUGCUAUGAAGUAGUAUAUGUGUACAUACGUGUAUAUAUACAUAUGGAAAUAAAAGGCGUUAUUCUCAGUCAUGCAUUAUUUGUGUGUAUCUGUUGUAAAAUGAUUUACCAUGAACUGCUUUGAGUUUUUGACAUUUACAGUAAUUCCUGAUGUACUGUGUAACGGAAUCAAAGUGAUGUAACUAACCAAAGUUGUAUUUUAAUACAGUGUUAGUAGUUCACUUUUUAUAAACAGAAGAAUAGGCUGUUUUUAUCAUCAGGGAGUUUAAUUAAACACUCUGUAUUGACUUUGAGACAAUAAAAGAGAGAGAGAUGGGA